GCUUAGCAGUUCUGGAUGAUAUUCGUUUAAGUCGGUAGCUUAUGGAUGGGGAUGUAACAGGAAAAUUUAAACAGCAUACUUAAGUGAACUGCUUUAUUAUGAUUGCAGUGGUGAAAUUUGUAAUAAAUAUAGCAUAUUAGUUAGCAUUGGUAUACCCAGGUUUGAAUUCAUGUCUUACAUAUUUCAGGCAUUUUUAGUGGUUGGUAAUUGUUGACACUGGGCAGUGGUUGUGAUAGGGGAAAGGGCAGAAGCUGGAGCAAAAGGUGAAGCUUUGGGUCAUCCAUUGGAAAGUCUGGGGUUAUCAAGAACAUAAAUAGAUACGCUAAAUCCACAGAAAGAAAAUUCCUGUCUCUGCUUUACUGUUUGGCUACAUGCUGAGGAAACACUGAUUCAUAUGUCUGGGAUGUUUCUACAAUGAAAUACGCAAUGAAGGCGAUUCUCUCACUUUGUAUCUGGUUUGGUGUAGUAGUGUGUGCAGCAAAGAAACCUAACAUCGUUUUCAUACUUACGGAUGACCAAGAUAUUCUGCUGGGAAGUGUGACACCAGUCAAACAAGUUCAGACACUGGUUGCGAACAAGGGUGCCACAUUUACUAAUGCGUUUGUGAGCACUCCCAUCUGUUGCCCAAGCCGCUCCAGCAUCCUCACCGGAAGGUACUUACACAACCAUAAAACCACUAACAACUCCUUUAGUGGUGGUUGCAGCAGUGUCAACUGGCAGCAGACUUUGGAACCACGCACAUUCGGGCGCCUCCUUCAAUCGGCUGGAUACCGCACAUUUUACGCUGGAAAAUACUUAAAUGCUUACGGUUACAAGGAGGCAGGAGGCACAGCACACGUGCCUGUGGGUUGGGACUGGUGGCUCGGUCUGGAGGGUAACUCACGCUACUACGACUACACACUGUCUAUCAACGGGACGGCUCGUCACUUCUCUGACCAGUACCUUACCAAUGUCAUUCAAAACUACAGUGUGAAGUUUUUGGAAACCGUAGCCCACUCUUCUGAUAGUUUUUUGAUGGUCCUGGCGCCACCAGCUCCUCAUGCUCCGUACACGCCAGAGCCCAAGUAUCGUGGAAAGUAUGAGGGGGUCAAGGUCCCACGGACACCCAGCUUCAACACUCAAAAACUCAAGUCUCGACACUGGCUAGUGAACAUGGCGCCGGCCCCUCUGCCAGCUGAUGUGGUGGCCCGAGUUGACAGCUACCAGGCUCGUCGCUGGGAGACUCUGCUCUCUGUCGAUGACAUGGUGGCAGCCACCGUCAACACGCUUCAGCAGAUUGGCCAGUUAGAUAACACCUACAUCAUCUAUACUUCUGACCACGGCUACCACUUGGGUCAGUACGCACUACCAUGGGACAAGAGGCAGCCCUACGAGACCGAUAUUCGAGUGCCGAUGUUUGUGCGAGGUCCGGGAAUCCCAGCCAAGAGCCUAGUGGAUUCUGUGGUUGUGAACAUUGACAUUGCUCCUACCAUAGUCGACAUGGCCGGCUUGCCAGUACCCGCAGACAUGGAUGGAAAGUCUUUUCUGCAGGAAUCCAUGAGCACACAGCGCCUACCCCCGCAUCGCUCCUUCGUCCUAGAGUACGAGGGAGAAGGUGACAAGAACACCGUAUCCACAGAUUGUCCUCUGAACAAUGACAACACUCUAUCAGAGUGCUACCCCUCGUCCGCCUGCAAGUGUCAAGAUUCACGCAACAAUACCUACAACUGUAUCAGGCAAAUAUAUCAAGAAAGCAACACUCUGUUAUGCUGCUUUCAUGAGCAGCCUGGAGUUUUUUGGGAAUACUACGACCUGAACACUGACCCUUACCAGCUGAACAACACAUACAAUAGUCUCAGUCUGCCGGAGAGGACCCAACUCCAGAGCACUCUCAAACAUCUCACUACCUGCAGAGGAUCUUCUUGCCAUCACUAAACAUUUUAUUUUUGAGUGCAUUUUCAAACAUUUUUGUACCAAUGAUUUUAAAAUAAAUUUUAAAUAAAUAAAUA